CAGGUGACAGAUGACGAGCAGCCGCCAGUCUCUUCCUCCAGAGCUUCGGCCCGGUUCAGCCCGGGUUCGGGUGACUGAGCUGAAGCACCCAGGCCGAAUCAACCCAACUCCAGUCACUAAACCCUGCGAGGACAUCGAGACUGCAGCUGACUUACAUCUUUCUCCAGAGAAGCUGGAGUCACUCUGUGGAACGCAUGACCUUUCUCAUGUGACCUUGCUGGAGGUGUGUGUAGACACCCAAUCAAACACUCUGGGUAACUUCGGUGCCUACAUGCCCAACUUGACGCAACUCAAAAUGAACAACAGUACCAUCAUGUCAGUAAGAGAUCUGGGAACCACGAUUUCCCACCUGCAGGUGCUGUGGAUGUGUCGCUGCAGCCUGCGAGACCUCGACGGCAUUUCUAAUUUCGCCUCUCUUCAGGAGCUUUAUGUGGCCUACAACUAUUUGUCCGACCUGAGUCAGGUGGGCAUGCUGGAGAACCUGAAGCUCUUGGAUCUGGAGGGGAACGAUGUCGACGACCUUGUUCAAAUUCAGUAUCUGGGUUUGUGCGGCAAACUACAGAGACUCACCCUGGAGGGAAACCCUGUGUGCUCACGGCCAAAUCCCACCACCACUCAAAUGACAGACUAUUGUUACCGGGCAGCAGUGAGGGAGUUGAUCCCUCAGCUGCGUUACCUGGAUUACGUGAGGGUGGAGGAGGACGACGUGAGCUGCUGGAGCUCUGUGGGAGAAGACUGGGACAUUUUCCGAGACUCUAUCAGAGGCUGCAGCACCUCCCAGGCUCCCGGAGAUGUCGAGGAGCCGUCUGACUGCGCACGCCCUCACAGCGGACACAGUUCUCCCGGACUCCAAUCUUUCUGGCCUCUGUCACCAACCGGCUCCAGACCUCCUGCUGGUUUCAGACCCUCAUCAGCAACAGGUUCUGGAGUCCUGUCCCCCUGUGGAUCCAGAUCUGGUUCCGCCGACUCAGAUCUAACUGCAGUGGAAGCAGAAACCAGCACUCUGACACAUGGAGCUGGGAAGAUCCUCUUUUGUGGGAAUCCAGUUCAGGCCAUUCGAGCAAGGCGAGAGAAGCUGCGGACAGCACCAGCAAGAUCUACGUUCACCCCCUGCGACCUACCCGUCCACGUACCAGAACGGACGUCCCACGACUUAGAGGGACCUGAGCCUAAAGACCGAGCUGAUGUGUUCGCUGAGCUGAGAGCUUGGAGAGAGCAGCACAGCCGGCGUCUUCAAGCCAUAGAGAAAGAGAGAUCACCACAGGUCCUAACUAUUCACCAUUAUGACCAUGAAGAGAGCGAUGAAGAAGGCUUCAGCUGUAUGAAUAGUGACAGUAGUGAUGAGGAACAUGUAGGCACCGUAGACUUUGCCUCACCAGAUUCGUCUUUCCAGUCUCUUUCUCCAGAUUUCCAUCACGGUGAAGUCGUAUCACCCGACAUAGCUCGACUGUCUCUGUCCUCAGACUCCACGCCGUCCCCUUCUCCCCCUCUCAUCGCGCCGGGUGCUAACCGUAAUAUACGGAGUUUUCGUGCACGCAGGCUUCGAUCCAGUCGGGCCGACUCAGAACGUUUACUUCAUCUCAAAAAUGUGUGGACUGGCUCGGAAAUCAAAACCUCUUCAGCUGCUGAACCUCACAGGGUCCAACAGGUGUCAAGGACCAAUGUGUAA